GUCACAAGUGACUGCCAAAGCUAUAUUGACAAACAGCACUGGACACUGACAUGCGAGCGCCAUCAAUUGAACUCUAAGAGAUUCCUGGAAAACAAUGGAACAAUCUGAAAUAGAACUUGAUUUAAGUUAUGAUUAUUUUGUGGAUUAUAGCAAUUAUACCAAUGACAAUUUUACUCCAACUGAGGAGGAGAUGCAUUUCAAACCCUCUAAGACAUGUUUUGCUGAGUUUCCAUGUGUCAUCCUCCUGGUGGUCAAUGUGGUCAUCUUUCUGCUUGGGAUUUCUGGGAAUGCGGUAGUCAUUUGGAUCGCAGGUCUCAAGAUGAAGAAGACAGUCAACACCACCUGGUAUCUCAGCCUGGCCAUUUCUGACUUCAUACUAUGUGCCUGUCUCCCCAUAAACAUAAUCCACAUUGCAACAAAGGAGUGGCUCUUUGGACUGUUCAUGUGUAAGUUCACCUCUUUUGUGAUGUUCCUCAACAUGUUCAGCAGCAUCUUCCUCCUGGUCAUCAUCAGCGUUGACCGCUGUGUGUCUGUGAUGUUUCCAGUCUGGGCUCAGAACCACCGCACAAAGGGCAAAUCCUCAGUUAUGGUGGUCAUGGCCUGGCUUUCUUCUGUUGCCUUAAGUAUACCCUCUGUGGUGUUCAGAGAUGUCCAGAACCUAUUAGGGAAUAACUUGUGUUUCAACAAGUACCCAGAUAAACAAAGCCAGAAAAUGAUCGCAAUGAGUAGGUUUGCUGCUGGAUUUGUAAUACCAUUCCUCCUCAUCACCUUCUGCUACUCCGUUAUCAUUCUGCGACUGAGAACCAACCGAAUGAUGAGCAGGUCCUCAAAGCCCCUCAAAGUAAUGACUGCCCUGAUAGCCACAUUCUUCAUCUGCUGGCUGCCCUACCAUGUUUUUGUACUUCUUGAGCUAAACCACCAAAAUCACGACCUGAGGGUUAUAAAAAUUGGACUUCAGAUAGGCACUAUAGUAGCUACUGCCAAUAGUUUCUUGAACCCAAUUCUGUAUGUUUUCAUGGGGAAUGACUUCCAACAGAAAUUCAAGAGCUCCAUACUGUCUAAGAUUGAGAAUGCGAUUGGAGAGGAGGGUCGCACCACCAGUCGCUACCUGUCUAGGUCCAGCUCCAUGGAGGGCAGCCGCAGAGCCUCGACACAUAUCUAAUACUCUGUGAGGAUUAUAAGGACUCACUGGGGUUGGGCCUCAUGUUAACUAACCAACAGUUUUGAUUUGUUUCUCUUGUGAAUAACUGAGUAUGGUCUUGCAAUUAGUCCUACAGCAAUUAUUUCCAACCAAGUUCAAUGUCAUUCUCUUACAUGCAGAUAUCACAUUUUCAUUUGAAUCUAUUUCAAAUAUAAGGAAAAUAUUCUUACAGCAAUUGGAAAUUUUAUUGUAAUUAACAUACCAUUUUCGUUAGGGCAAAACCUGUCUUACAUGAUAUACUCGAAAUUAUAAAAAUGAUAAGCCUUUUUUAACCUUGCAUACAUUACAAGGUUCCAUGUGCAUUAUUAUUGUAACAACAAGAGGAUGAAAUAAAUAUGGAAUCUGGUUAAA